AUGGCUGCCAGGCUACUGAUGGGCCAGCGUGCUGCGGCACAAUUGACGGCCGGUCUCUUGGUCGGCAGUGUCGCCUUCUAUCCUGCUACCGCACACGCUGAAUCUCCCAAACCUCCGCGAAAGUCCAUCUACGACGACUCCGAAGACACGCCCCCUCCAGCCCCGAAGACGCCAGACGUCAUCCCCAACUCAGCCACCCCGCCUGCGGUCACGGAACCCGCCCAGCAGAAACAAGCCGCCGCCCGGGGCCCGACGCCGACGGACCAGCUGGCCCUGCAGAUCCGGCGCACGCGGCUGUUCCUGCACCGUCAGGCCGCCGUGGCCGAGGACCGCGUCCAGAGGGCCGUUGAGCGGGUCUUUAACCUGGAGCAGUCCUUCACGUCGACAGCGGCCUCGGUGGCCCCGGCGCGCGAAAGCGGCGAGCGCCUGAUGCCGGGCCUGGUAUACGUCCUGGUCGCCUCCAUGGCCGGCAGCAUCGUGGCGCGCCGCCGCAACGUCGUCGUCCGCGCCGCCGCUCCUGUCGCCUUUGGCGUCGCCGCCGGCUGGGCCCUCCUGCCCGUCACCAUGCGCAACGUCGGCGACCUGGCAUGGAGGUACGAGCAGAGGUUCCCCGUCAUCGCAGACGCCCACCUCCGGACCCGCGAGGGUGUCGAAAAGGGCGUCUCGUUCGCCAAGGUCCACUGGCGCCUCGGCAAGCAGAUGGUUGGGGACAAGGUCUCCAAGGCGAGGGAGGCUUUGGAGAACUGGGUGAGGAAAGGGAAAUAG